AUACGAAAAUUUCACUGACGUAAAAAAAAGCUGAUCAGAAUAAUAAUUAAAAUGAAAUAAGGAAUAACAUAAUUACAUAUUGUUUUCAGAUUCAUCGCUAUUUAUCAAUUAUAUAUGUCAUGUGCAGAAGAAACAGUUUGUGCUUUCUAUUUGAAUUUUGCAUCGAUGUUACGAUCAAUAACUAACAAUUGUAAUGAAUUUUCGCGAUUAGACGUGUUUUCUUUUCAGUUAAGUUAUAUCGACUUCUGCAAAGUGUAUGUUUUUUAAGUAAAAAUGGCUGAGAAAGAAAGCAAAACAAGCAGUACUCUAACCACAGAAUCUGUAAAGGUAAUUGCCGAAUCUACAGGUAUAGGGGGCCUACCAGACAAGGCUGCGACCUACCUGGCUGAAGACUGUACAUACAGACUCAAACAAGUAGUUCAGGAAGCAACCAAAUUUAUGUACCACAGCAAGCGGUGUAAGCUCACCUGUGGAGACUUUGACAAUGCACUGAGAGUUUAUAAUGUGGAGCCACUUUAUGGCUUUCAUACUCCUGAUAUGGUGCCAUUCCGAUAUGCAAGUGGUGGCGGUAGAGAACUGCACUUUACUGAAGAUAAAGAGCUGGAUCUUUCAGAAGUCAUUAACUCUACCCUUCCAAAAGUCCCAUUGGAUAUUUCCAUGAAAGCACAUUGGCUUUGUAUUGAUGGGGAGCAGCCCGCUAUUCCAGAGAACCCUCCACCUGCUACGAAAGACCAACAGAAAAUGGAAAUACUGGACACAAGUGUGAAAACAAUGAUAGACAAGAGUCACAAGGCAGGGGUCAAGCCUGGCGCGGACAUAGGCAAGCGGAAGCAGAAGCCUAAAGGUGUAUCAGACCUGGUCAGGAUGAAGGAGCUCAGCGUUCAUGAACUGUCUGUGGAGCAGCAACUGUACUACAAGGAGAUCACAGAGGCGUGUGUAGGCUCAGACGAAACUAAGAGGUCGGAGGCUCUCCAGUCCCUUGCCACCGACCCUGGCUUGCACCAGAUGCUGCCACACUUCACUGCAUUUGUGUCUGAGGGUGUAAAGGUGAACAUAGUACAGAACAACUUGGCCCUGUUGAUCUACCUGAUGCGACUGAUGAAAGCCUUGAUGGAGAAUCAGACAAUAUACUUGGAGAAAUAUCUGCACGAGUUCCUACCAGGGGUUAUCUCGUGUAUUGUCAGCAAGCAGCUGUGUAUGAGACCAGACGUGGACAACCACUGGGCCCUGAGAGACUUUGCAGCCAGACUCAAUGGGCAGAUAUGCAAGAAUUUCCACAACAAUGUGAACAACAUUCAGCCUAGGGUAACCAAGACGUUCUGUCGAGCCUUGCGCUCAGAGAAGGCAGCCCUGGCUACCAUAUAUGGGGCAGUGUCGGGCCUGGGGGAGUUAGGGCCAGAGGUGAUAAACUCCUUUGUGAUCCCCAACAUUCGGAUGAUCGGGGAUAGAGUGAAGCUUGCUUUAGAGGGUCCAAUCAUCAACGGUGCGGACAGGAUUGCAGCUGAGAACAUCAAGAAAGUGGCAGGGAAGUACAUCCCCCCUGUGCUGAAGUCCCAUCGGGCCCUGGCUGACACGGUGGAGGACUAUACGACAGAGUACGGCUACCUGGGCCCCCUUUUACACGCGGCUGUGAUGAAGGAGAGGAGCUCUUCUACCUCCAGCGUGGGGUCUACCUCCACACAGCAGAAACCCACCUUGCAGAUCACACCGGCCAAGUCCCACAUACUGAUUGGUGGUCCAGGUUCCCUGUCCACGCCCCAGACACCCACGUCUGCCCAGUUCCCAGCCGGGCUGGCCAUCCCCCGCACCCCCACCACCCCCAGUAUCGGCUCCACUCCCGGACAGAAGUUUGUCAUCAUGCAACAACCCAGGGCCUCUAUGCCCAUGCAAUCACCUGCAGGCACUUCCAUUGUAAAGGUGUUACCUGGCACUCCACAAAGUCUGGUCAAUCCGUCGUCUGUCGCACAGAAGAUCGUCGUGAUGCCAAGCUCUCAGGCCCAGACCGCUCAAGUGCAAAUGAACACCUUGCACAUGUUUACCACCCCUGAUCAAUCCACUCAAGUCUCCAUUGUGAAACAAGAGCCUGGGACCUCCUGAGCUUGUGACGCAGAUUUAGGGACCUUAGAACACAACACACACUUGAUAUGGGGGGUUAUGGACCUUAGAACACAACACACAAUUGAUACUGGGGGUUAUGGACCUUAGAACAAAACACUUACUUGGUACAGGGAGUUAUGGACCUUAAAACACAACACACAACUUCUUACAGGGAGUUAUGGACCUUAGAACGCAACACACACUUGAUUCAGGGAGUUAUUGCCUGUGGAAUAUGUCAGUGUUGACAGAGUUAUGGUCAUUUGAAUGUGUGUAUGUUAAGGGAGUUGUGUUCCUUAUAAUGUAAGAGUGUUGAAUAAGAGUUAUUGUCCUUGAAAUAUAUAAGUGUUGAAGAGUUAGUUCUUAGAAUUGCAAGUGUUCUAAACAUAUUAUGGUCCUUGGAACACUUUUGCCUUUGACUUCCACCAUUUAAAAACUUGAAACAUCCAGUCACUAACUUAGGAUUAAGUUAGCAUGAAAAGAAAUGUUUUGAAACUUGAUACUUUUGUUUGCAUAAUUCCAAAGGAAGCUGUUAUACCCGAUUCCUUAAUAAGACCUAUUUAACAGUGCAAGAUUGAAAUUUGACGCUACCUUGCUUUGGAAUUGACACCAUAAAUACUUAUUCCAUUCGCAAUUUUACAGGCAAUCAAGGCCUUAUUUGAGCAGUCUUUUCGUAAGCAAUCAUGAACAAAAUUCUGACUAAUUCAAGUUCAGUAAAACUGGCAUGGUGGGUUUGUCAAAAUAUAUACAUCAUACAUAGAUUGUAUGGAUUACUUGUAAUUUUGUAUGUUGUUAUUGACAUGAUUUUCAGUUAGGACGAGAACUGAAAUUUAUAUUAAGUUUAUUUUAUAAUUUAGGAGUGUACACCAUUGAGUUCAAGACAAACUUUUAAAGGAAUUCAGAGAAAACUUUUAUUUCAACGAAUGUUAAUGUCAGAGUAGAUACAUGCAGUAUAAACAAAUAUAAAGCUGACUUGUGUCUGACUGUUCAACUCUUGAUUAUAUUUAAUUAUGUAUGACCUAUUGUCAAAAAGCAUGAAAUAAACAUGAACAUUUA